AAUAAUUAUUUUGAAGAGCAAACUUGCUGAAUGUUGGGUCGUUUGCUGCCUUUGCCUUUUUAUGAACAAAUUAAACCAAAUCUGCAAAACCAACUCCUCCCUUUUCUUCCCUCAAAUGUCCAGCCAGGCUACACCACUUAUUCCAAAGAUUCUCCCUCAGAAGAACCUUCCUUCCUUCGUCAGUUUUGAUUAGCAUCAGGAUUUUGGGAAAUGCAUGUUGUUCAAUGGUACUACAUGGAACAUUACCAAUAGUAACUCUCAAGUGUAUGAGACAACAGUGAAUUAUUGAACACGUAUUUAACAAAUUUAAAUAACAAGUAAAAUUUGUGUUGAAUAUUAGAUUCAUGCAUCAGCAGUGAAAUCUGUUUGUAGUCCUCCAAGAUAUUGUACUUAACUUUUUAACAGAUUUAUUCAGUAAUUAUUUGUAAACAAUUCUGUGUUAAAAGUUGUGAAUUGAACACAUUGUCAUUACAGAACAGGACAGGACAUAAGGCUAAAAUGAAUCCAAAACAUUCUUUAGAAUUUCCUUUGAAAAGUGAAACUGAAGGGGCAUUAUCACUACCUUCCAUAAAUCAAGAAGACAGCAACUUGGCUGCCUUUAGUGGAACCAGUGAUGGAGACUUUUUGUCUCUGGAUUCAUUGAUGGACAUCAAAAUAGAGCCAGAGGAAUUCUGUGAGUCAAGUGAAGAUGAUGAAUAUUUAUAUGAAAUGAAUUCAAUAGUGAAUGAAAAACAUCCACAAACUUGCAAAAAGGAUGUAAAACAAGAAAGCAGGAUCCGUGACAAUAGACAGAAGCCUUUCAUAACCACUGACUGUGAGAAAGCAAUUUACAAGAAAGUUAAUCUUUCAAAUAAUAUCACAAAUCCUACCAGAGAGAAAUUCAUAUGCAAUGAGUGUGGGAAAGCAUUUUCCUUGAAACAUUAUCUUAUAGUUCAUAUGAGAAUCCAUACAGGAGAGAAGCCAUUCAUGUGCAAGGAAUGUGGGAAAGCAUUUUCCCAGAAACAAAGUCUUACAAUUCAUAUGAGAACCCACACUGGAGAGCAGCCAUUCGUGUGCAAGGAAUGUGGGAAAGCAUUUCCCAGGAAAGAUCGUCUUACAAUUCAUAUGAGAAUCCACACUGGAGAAAAUCCAUUCAUAUGCAACGAAUGUGGAAAAGCAUUUUCCCAUAAACAAAGUCUUAAACUUCAUAUGAGAUUGCAUACUGGAGAAAGGCCAUUCAUUUGCAAGGAAUGUGGGAAAGCAUUUUCCCGUAAACAAAGUCUUAAACUUCAUAUGAGAUUACAUACUGGAGAAAAGCCAUUCAUUUGCAACGAAUGUGGGAAAGCAUUUUUCCAGAAACAAAGUCUUAAACUUCAUAUGAGAUUACAUACUGGAGAAAAGCCAUUCAUUUGCAAGGAAUGUGGGAAAGCAUUUUCCAAAAAACAAAGUCUUAAAAUUCAUAUGAGAUUACAUACUGGAGAGAAGCCAUUCGUGUGCAAGGAAUGUGGGAAAGCAUUUCCCAGGAAAGAUCGUCUUACAUUUCAUAUGAGAAUCCACACUGGAGAAAGUCCAUUCAUAUGCAACGAAUGUGGAAAACCAUUUUCCCAGAAACAAAGUCUUAAACUUCAUAUGAGAUUACAUACUGGAGAAAAGCCAUUCAUUUGCAAGGAAUGUGGGAAAGCAUAUCCCCAUAAACAAAGUCUUAAACUUCAUAUGAGAUUACAUACUGGAGAAAAGCCAUUCAUUUGCAAGGAAUGUGGGAAAGCAUUUUCCCAGAAAAAAAGUCUUAAAAUUCAUAUGAGAUUACAUACUGGAGAGUAGCCAUUCAUUUGCAAGGAAUGUGGGAAAGCAUUUUCCCAGAAACCACAUCUUACAAUUCAUAUGAGAACCCACACUAGAGAGAAGCCAUUCGUGUGCAAGGAAUGUGGGAAAGCAUUUCCCAGGAAAGAUAGUCUUACAAUUCAUAUGAGAAUCCACACUGGAGAGAAUCCAUUCAUAUGCAACGAAUGUGGAAAACCAUUUUCCCAGACUCCAAAACAUAAACUUCAUAUGAGAUUACAUACUGGAGAAAAGCCAAUUAUGUGCAACGAAUGUGGGAAAUCAUUUUCCCAGAAACCACAUCUUACAAGUCAUAUGAGAAUCCAUAAUGGAGGGAAGCCAUUCAUGUGCAAAGAAUGCGGGAAAGUAUUUUCCCGGAAACGACAUCUUACACGUCAUAUGAGGUU